AUGUUUUAUUCCAACACUUUCUUGGCGAGGAAGGGCCCGUUGGGCGUCGUUUGGUGCGCGGCCCAUUUGCAGCACAAGCUCAGAAAGCCGCAGUACCUCUCAACCAACGUCCCCUCCACCGUCGAACGAAUCAUGUACCCUGAAGUGCCGAUUGCACUCAGAUUGUCGGGCCAUCUUUUGCUUGGAGUCGUGCGGAUAUACUCCAAACAAGUUGACUAUCUUUAUGAAGAUUGCAAUGAAGUACGGAUCACAAUAAAUAGGGUCUACACAACUGUGAACCUCAAUCUUCCAAAUGAUUCGACUCAUGCACAGGUUCAGGCCGUAACUUUGCCAGAAAAAUUUAAUCUUGACACCUUGGAAUUGGAUGGUCGUUUUAAGGACUGGGGUGAGGAUACUCAUUUUAAGAGCUGGGAUGACAUAACUAUGACUGAGCAAAUUCCUACUGGAAAAGAUCCGUAUAUUGUCAUCACUUUUGACAAGCAGGAUCUAAGGGAUACAUCACAAAUCGAUGAUCAUUUGGAAACUGGGCCCACUCCAAUGGAUGAUGAUGUCCCUCAUCCAGUUCAAGUCGAUACACCUGGUGGUUUGAAUGAUCCCUCUUCCAGUAACCCUAUAGGGGCUGAUGAUACAAAUAUCGAAAAUAGAACUCCUCAAAAAAAAUCGCCGAGUAUUGAAAUCAUGCGUGAUGCGGCCCAUAAUUUUGAUUUCAACAAUUCCCCUAUACUGCCAGAUCGUGCGGCCCCUGAUAAAUUUCUUGAGGAGCAAAUCACUAAAGAUAAGGAGAUUCUUACUCCGGCUACUGAAGAAAUGCCGUUGCCUGAUGCUCGUUUUUCAUCUCCCCAUAAUAAUGUUCUUGAAGAAGAGCAGCAUUCGCUCGGGCAUUUGAACUCCCCAACUCCUUUUGUCCACCGGACUCCAGAAAUGGAAAUCCGGCAAAGUCCACUUGUUUUGCAACAGAGAGUAAAGAGAAAGAGAAAACAGUUUUUUGAUGAGGUCACAGUGCUGAGCAACGAGCAAGUCAAAGCUGCUCUCGACGACACGAGCAAUAUCCUUCGGAUUAAGAGAAACUGCCCUUCAUCUUCACUAUCCAUCUGGAAACACAACAACAUGCUACGAUUAAGAAAUAAAGAUUGUUCUUUUGAGCCCUUCAUAAAUGGAGCUUGUGCCGAUUUGCGAGAUGUAUAUAAAGAAGACAUAAUAAUCCCUGCCAAACUCCAAUUAGACCCCACUCAAGAAACCAAUCAAGACAUGACAAGUGUAGAGAUUGAAACUCUACGUAAUAACGAAUGCCCCUCGCCAGAUAAUCACAUCCCAUCUUUCUCCAUGGCUGUGCCUUCUCCAGGUGACAAAAAUUAUUUCACUCCCGAAAAUUCCAAAUCGGUCUCGGUUUUAGAACAUGUGGAAGCCACGGAAGGUGAUGGUCAGCUGCCGACAGGGGACGUGGGCCCGUCUGGAAAUUUCGAUUCUGAUAUGCAAACUCCCGAAACAUUCGACAGUAUGGGGUUCCGUGCUGAGCACACAAACCUGUCUGAUAUUCCCGAGCUUGUGCCUUCUGCUGGGGAGCUUGGAUUUCUCGAACAAGAUGACAAUUCUCCAGCUGAAUCGCAAGGAACACCCAAAGUUAGAAACUUUCAACAGAAUCAAGGAACUCCAGAGCUGCAGGCAUUGUCUUCACGAACAAGGGCCGUGGCCCAGUAUUUGCAAAGGCAGUCAUCGGUAAGCCCUAUCCCAGCAAAUACAGAUGAACAACCCGAAGAAUUGAGUUUGAACAAGAUUCUUGAAGGCAAGCCUAGAAAAGUAUGUGCCCGAAUGUUCUUUGAGACUUUGGUCUUGAAAACUCAUGGGCUCGUAGAUGCACGUCAAGAGACUCCUUACGGUGAUAUCACAUUGAAAGUGACUCCUAAGCUCUCCAGGGGAAAGUUAUAG